GAGCACCUCAUCGUGGUGCCUUGCCCUGCCUCGACGAACCCCAUCCAGUGACGACAACAAGGCCCAGAUCUCUCCCCAGCAGAGCAAACACUACCAUUUUAGGAUUCCAGCUUUCCAAAUGGAUCUUGACAAAUUCCUCAAGUCCCUCAAGGGACGACCACUCGAUGCCUCGAUUGAGUCACUCGUGGCUAAGAAGUUCCAUGCUCGUGGUGGAUACGGUCCUGACCAGAAAGCCCUUUCCAUUCUCUCCAGACUCCUCAAGAGAAGACAGAUUAGUGGCCCCGAAGAUUGCGCGCUUGCGACUGCACACAUCCUCCUCCACGUCGUCGCCAAGUCCAAAUGGUCCAACGUCGACUCGCUGCUCCAGCGCAUCGAGAAUGUCGGCCGCAAGCUUGUCCUCGCGCGACCCCAGGAGCUAGUCAUAGGCAAUAUCGUGCGCCGCGUGCUCGGCCUGAUCCGCGACGAGGCAGAGGAGGACCGCGGUGGGAAUAAUGACGAUUCCAUGUCCGACGUGUCGAACCUCCCUGGCGACGAGCCGCAGCACGCGACUAGCUCUAUGCCCACCUCGCCCCGCCCUCGACUACCCCCACGCCUCACGACUCUGACCUCCACCGGCUCCUUCCACGUCCCGCAGUCUAUGUUUAAUAUGCUUCAAGACUCGCCACGGUUUGCAGGGAGCUCGAUGGGCACGCCGUUCGGCCGGGGCUCGGGCGCCUCGACGCCCAUGUCCCACUCACAGGUGGCCAACAUCUCGGCACUGCGAUCCGAGGUCAUAGAGGGGAUCGAGGAGCUCAAGGACGAGAUUGUCUCGGGCGACGAGCAGAUCUCCAGCUACGCGGAGGUGCAGAUACAUCCCGGCUCCUUCGUGCUGGUCUACCGGCCCAACGCGACGGUCGAGAAGUUUCUGCUCGCUGCAGCCAAGAGACGCAAGUUUACAGUUCUGAUUGCUGGUGUCGGGCCCUCCAGAGCCACUACCACCAACCACCAGGCGGCCCCGUAUGCGUCCCUGCGAAAGCAGCUGCACAAGUUUGGCGUCCAGUCCAUAGUCAUGGCCGGCACUGGUGUCAUGGCAUACAUGCCCAAGGUCAACGUGGUGGUGCUAAACUCGCAGGCAGUGACGGCGAAUGGCGCGGUGCUGGCGGACGGUGGAGCCGCCGUUGCGGCAAGAGCUGCUCAUGAGUACAACAAGACGGUGAUUGUUCUGGGCGCGGUCUACAAGCUCUGCCCCGAGGACGAGCCAGACCUGGAUGUCCUUGUCGACCUGGGCAACCCGCAGAGUCUCAUGAGCUACCACGGGCAGAUGGUCGAGGUGGAUGUCAGUGCUAUGAGCUCUGAAUACAUCUCUCCAGAGCUGGUCGACUUGUACAUCUCCAACCUGGGCCCUCAUUGUCGAGACCACCUUCAGGGUAUCGUAGGCGACCACUACAAGAUCGAGGACGUCGAAUUUUCCGCGCAGUGA